UUAGUAGUAAACAGCAUGGAUACUAACGGCGCCAAUCGGGCCCCGGCGGAGACUCGUCCUUUGAGUAGUGGUUUGGCUGGUCAGGAUCAACCAGUCUCACCUCAGGCACCACCACCACUUCGUCCACUAACUAGGGUUGACUCACGGUCAGCUUUUCCGUCGCCGCAAACACCGAGACCAGUAGCACCACAGCUGCAAGCUAGACCACAGUUUCAACCUGGAGGACCUGUAACUACACCACAGCAAUUCCCGCCAAGAGUAGGUGUCCCACCGCCAAGAGGUCCUGCACCAGCUGGUCCUCCCGGAGCUCAACAAGUACGACCAGUCCCACCUCCGUUAAGGCCUUUCGGCCCGCAAUCAAUAGCACCACAACAAGGUCCAAGGCCUUUGCAAUCACCGACGGCCCUAACCGCACAACGUGCUCCUCCACCGAAUAAUCUUCAGUUCGGUCCGAGGCAGCCACCGAUUGUGGGUGCUACCACACCAGACGCAGGCAGGCCACUGAUUGCACCACAGCAAUCUAACGGUGCUGCUAAAAACGGACCACCUCUUGGACCUGGGGUACAAAGGCAAUCUUCCCAAAGCUCUCUUAAGGGCUUAGAUACUUCUAAUUCUUAUCAACCAAAACCAGUCAACCUGGAGAACCAAAGUUUUGCGAAUGACACCCAAAAUGUCAACAAAACAGAAAACGGCAUUGAAGGACUUGGGGCAACUAAAGGAAGGAGCUUCAGCAUUGCAGCCGCCCCCGGGGCUCCAAGUCCAUUGAAAACAGAAGAUGAUCGAAGAAAAUCAGUCAGUGCAAUAGGAGGAAGAAUUGAUGACUUCACCAGCCGUAGUCCCGGACUGGGGUUAAUACAAGAAGGAAAACUGGAAAGCAAAGAAAAUGUCCGUGAAUCUAAAGAAAGUAUCAGAUCAGAUACAAUGGAAGGAGCCAAAGAAGUUCCUGACCGCCCGGAGUCGCGUCUAUCCGGAUCUAAAAUGACAGAAUCUUUUAUAGGUGCUCUACCAUCUACAACCUUAAAGAAGAAGAUUGACGAUGAUGAUGACGUAAUUUUACAGAACAGUUCGGCAGCAGUUACCAAAUCGAAUGAGAUUUCUAAGCCGAAGGAAGAUUUAUCUGAUCGUUCCCCAUCUUUAACACGCAGUGACGAUUCUCCAGAACCUAAACAGAAACCCAGUCCAUCAGUACCAAAUAAAUCACAAAGCGCAACCCCAGAACCCACACGCCCGAAGACACCAAAGAUUGAAACAAAACCUGAAACAAAAGAUGUGAAGCCUGCAGUAACACCAAAUAAAACACCUUCUAAAUCCCCUAUACCAGAAACUAAGCCACCAUUACAAAUACCAAAGAAACCGAGUGAAUUAAACACACCAAUCGCUUCAUCAGAUUCAAAGAAAUCUACACCACGUAAAACAGCUUCUGCGCCCAAAUCUCGUCCUAAAGAUGGUGAUAACGACAGUGGCGUCGAUGAAUCCACACAAGGAAAUGAUGUAAAUGGUUCUCCUGGUUCACCUAAUAAGAAAAUUCCGAGCAAGUUGCCAAUGAAGGAGAAAUCAAGCAACAGUCUUAAAACAAGCCUUUCGCGAUCAUCCAGCAAAAGUGCUACAGCUAAGACCCCUGAAAAUCCACCGCCUUGCGACAAGAAAAAAGUGCCGAUGAACAAAGUUCAAGUAGGCAAUGCACCGUCGCCGAACAUUAAAGCGGUGAAGUCGAAAAUUGGCUCAUUGGAUAAUGCGACGUACAAGCCAGGCGGCGGAAAAGUUAGAAUUGAAAACAGGAAAUUAGAAUUCGGUAACGUAACGCCUAAAAUUGCUGCUAAAAAUGAAGCCUACACUCCAAGUGGUGGUGUUAAAAAGAUUGUUUCCACAAAGCUAGAAUGGAACGCUAAGUCAAAGAUCGGGUCGCUGCAGAACACUGCUUACAAACCAGGUGGUGGAGACAAGAAGAUUGAAACUGUCAAACUGGACUUUAAGGAGAAAGCCAAGCCUAAGGUUGCUUCGACAGUGAACAUCACUCAUAAGCCCGGCGGAGGAGCUAUUAAGUCUACAGUUACAAAGAACGGAACGAGAGCAAUCGAAAAUCAAAAAUUGGAAUUCAAAGCACAAAGUAAAGUGGGCUCCAUGGAUAACGUAAAGCAUAAACCAGGAGGCGGUGACAUCAAAAUAUUCGAUGACAAAGAUUACAUCAAGCAGAUGACUGGACACUCCCCGCUGCCGGACAGUCACGGCCACUCGCGGCAGGAGAGCCCAGUGCCGGCGUCAUCGGAACCUCCAAAAUCCGACGAGAAUUUAAAUCAGCAGCAGUCAUAAGAUCUUAAUGAGAUACUUCGACAUCUCAGCAAACAACACUAAUUUUUAUAAUCGAAAGUCCAAACUUAUUGUAUAACAUUUUUUGUAUUUGUUAAUAAUUUUAUUCAAUAUCGGUACCCAGUUUGAGUGAUUUUGUUAAGGUACGUUUGUUUGACAAAUUGAAUCAUCUUUUAAUUUGUCACAAUCAAUGUCAAUGAUUUGUUGCAUAUCUUUUUGGACAAUAUAUUGAUUGCGUUAUACGUGUAUCAUUAAAAUUUUGAAUUGUAUUGUUGUAUUUAUGAUGUAAUUAUAAAUUUGAAUGUUGUAUUUGUAGCGUUAUAGUUGAUGAAUAUUUUUACAAGUAAAAUUCUUUUUUUAUCAUCAUGUGUCCUGAGUGAUGUAGUAUCAUGAGUGCCAAUUCAUAAUAGUGCAUUAGAAUAAUCAACAUCAUACAGUAAUAUUGUGAACAGUAGCCUUUACAUUUAACGCCGCCAUUGUGAUGCAAGCAUGGUUACAUUAGACUAUGUCAUGAAUAGCGCUUCUACCGUUUUGAGAAUUGCACUUUUUGAUGUUCAUUUAUUUAGCAGCACUUGGCGUACAUGUUUUACUUAUGGCGCUGUGUUAGUGUAUUGUACUGGUAUUCAAGUGAUCUUCAUAUAUUAUGCAAUUAUAACUAAAUGUGUAUAUUAAUUUGACUAUUCCUAGAUAUAUAGGCUUUGUUAUCACUGUUUUGUUAUUUCACUACGUAUUCAUAGAUAUAUGCACUGACUAUACAAUGUACCUAUUAUUCUUUGGAUUGUAAGGUAACGGGAGGGGUUCUUGGCACAGCAUUCAUAUUGUGAUACACUGAUGUAGACAUUUUUAGAUAUUUGAUAUUGACUGCGUUUGAACGCUUGUAACUUAUUUGAUAACUCAGAUAUACACUGAUGGUUCUAUAACUAUACACGAAGCUGUGGCGAGAACGGGUGGCUUGGGAUUGACUGACCAGAUAUAUAAAUGUUUUGUAUGUAACUACGAGUGUAAGACGAUUAGGUUUAAAUAGCAUGUAUUAAUGUUUGAAGCUUGAGUCACAAAACUCUUUCAUUCACAUUUUUACUUUACGAUAGUUUUUCCGACUUUCCUCUGCCUUGAUUUGUUUUCUUAACCAUUUAGGCGCGUUAUACUCAAAUGUUUCUUGGUAAUCACGCAAGCUUUUUAUAGUAAAUAUCUAAAUAAGUUUUAACUAAACUAAUAGUUACUUACUAUACCUGUAGAGUGAAACUUAUUCCAAGUUUUGAGACCUAGGAUGUUUUAUGGACGCAGAGGACGUAUUGUAUACCUAUUAGGUAAUCGUUUAAUACAGUUUAACACU